GGCGCUCUUUUCAACACUGUUGAGGGGCGCCGCGACCUGAAGACAAGAAGAAGAAGGAGGUCACAAACCCCGCCCAUCGCAAGCAUUUAUUGACUUAGUUCGAGCCUGAACGGCCCGAAAACGAAAAUUAGACAAGGUGAGGCGCCGCGUUGUCCACGAGCUUUCACGCAGUGGAGAAUGGGCUCCCAGCACACACGCAGUUGGAAGUGGCCGCGUUCAGACCCCACUUCCGGUUCCCCCCGUCAGUCGCUGGCUCCGGGAUUGAAACCGCAAAAACACCGCGGGGCGCCGUGUUGCUCCUGACUGUUGUUUGGAAAGAUGACGUGUGUUUUUGAUCACUUACGAGCUGUCGUUUUAUUUUGAAAGGAUUGCGCCGCUGUUGGCGGGCUGCCCUCGCGGGAAGGCGGGGUUUGUUUUCACUCCGAGCCGUCAGGUAAGAUGGCGACCAGCGGGUCCGCGGGGCGACCCGGCGGAACGUCCGCCGCCACGCGGCUCGGUGCCUCCGCCCAGGGAGCCGGGCCGCGGUGCAGCCCAGGGUGUGGAGCCGAGGCCACGAGCCAGUCCGGCGGCACUUUCCACGCGGCCUGCCCGGCCCGGGGCCAGUCCGGCUUCAGCCAGCGCUUCCAGAGGUGGAGAGACGGCGAGAGCCGCGCAGGGACGUUUGUCUGCCCUGCUGUCGUCCUGAGGUCCGCAGACGUGUCCGCCGGCACGAAACUCAGGGUGUCGGACGAAGGAGAGAAGGUCAGCAGCAGGAGGAGGAUGAGGAGGAGGAGGAGGUCUGAAGUUGGCCAGCGUGAGGAAGAGCAGGUGGCGCGGUCGGAUUCUGAGAACGAGGAGCCCCUGGGCUGGAGGGUCAGGAACAAGUCCGCCUUUGUCAGGAAUGUCUCCGGGGCUUCCCAGAGGAGCCGUAGCUGCACCGACCAGGAGGAGCAGAAGAGAGGGAAGCUGAAGGGGUCGCCGCUGUCCGCCGCGAGGGGCGAGGUGGGAAUGGACCACAGUGCCGCCGCUGGAAUCCUGCUGUCCACAGAGAACCGCCGCUCCGCCUCGGCCCCCGUCACCGGCCCGGACCGGCUGCUGGCCUGGUGCGCGGCGAUGACCUCGGCGGCCACGCCCCUGGGCCUCCCUCGGCCGCAAGCGGAACGUUCCGUCAGCCCCGACAGCAACGACAGCAUCUCGGAAGAGCUCAACCACUUCAAGCCCAUCGUGUGCUCGCCCUGCACGCCGCCCAAGCGCCUCCCCGACGGGCGAGUCCUGGAGCCCACCAUCGUCAAGUCCACGCCCCGAAACCUGAGCCGAGGUCUUCACAAGGCCACCAGCUACGAGGCCAGUCCGGCCGUCCUGCAGAAGUGGAGGCAGAUCGAGCUGGACCGCCAGAACCUCAAAGUGGACUGCAAGGCCACGCUGACCAGUCCGGUGCUGGAGGUUCGCGAGGACCACAGCGCCAAGACCGCAGCCCGGGGCAGGAACUCGCUCGCCGCCAGCAACAAGAGAAAGCUGGACUUCGAGUCGGAGGAGGAGGUCACGGGGCACCUGGUCAAGAUCCGAGUCCCUGCCGUUCGUUACGGCCAGCGGGUGGUGGGCGAGAGUGCGGACAUGGAGGCGGCGGGCGGCCCGGCGCUGUUCGCCGGAGAAACCCUGUUUGGCCGCAGUUCUGGCUUCCGGUUGUGUCGUCUGCAAGCAAAGGAGGCGGCGAGGAAAGAUCCUGACCUCCGCCUGCGCUCGUCCUCGGGGAGGAGCAGGAAGAGCCGCCAGAAGACCAGACACCUGGAUCCGCACCAGGACUUGGAGCACUUGGACCAGCGACUGGUUCUGAGGAGGAUCCAGCAGGAGCGACGCGACCGGUCGCUCGCCCUGCAGCUCCAGAGGCAGUUUGACCAGGAGGAGCGCAAGUCUGUCCGCAGGCCACGGGACUCCUACUUCCUGCGCUCGUGGAAGAGCAACGCCGGGCGGCGGCGAGGUCCAGUCCACGACAAGUCGUAGCAGGAUCCGGACCGUUCAGUGAGCCACAGAACCAAGAGGACUUUGACUUCCGGACCGCUCUUGUUUGUUUCCAACCCUCAGUAUUAAAUUAUGAAGGCUA